AUGUCAACUAUUUCAUACGCUAAUAUAGCUGCCAAUGGAUCUGGUUCAAGUUCAUCAAGUCCAUCAAUCACUAAAGGGGAACUUAGUCUUCAAACUAACCCUGAAAUAAAUGAACUCAAUGAAAAAUUACAAGAAACUAAAAUUGAAAGCGAUGAAUCAGAAUCUAAAGAAAACUUAGAUGAAGAUAAAUUGAAAGCUAAAGAUAAAAAAUUAGCACCAGCUCCUGUUCCUCAAACUAGUGCAUGGGGAUCCACUGCCACCAUAAUCCCAACUGAUAAUGAUCAAGUCAAAUGGCCAACUCCACCAGAAAAUUAUAAAUCUAAACCAAUUAGUAACCAAAAGUUCAUCAAACCAAUUACAAACAAAUGGGUACCUCUUGAUGAUGCCAAAGUUAUUUUACCAACAGCAAGACAAAAUCAAACUAAAAAUAAGAACAAAAAUAAAAAAAAUAAAAAUAAAAAACCAUCAAGUGGAAAUAAAAAGGAAAAGUCUGAUAAGUCAGAUAAAAAGGAAAAAGUUGAAAAAGUUGAAAAAUCUGAAAAAGUUGAAAAAUUAGAUAAACCAACAGAAAAGCCUGUUGAAAAAUCAGGUAAAUCAUCAGAAAAAGUUGUAAAUACUCCAUCACCAAAUUCUAAAAAAUCAGAAAAAGAUGAUACUGAAUCAUCUACUACUGACUCAACUAUUCAAUCAAAUGUUAAUGAAGAUAAAGUCGAUGAAUCGAAUUCAAAUGGUUUCCAUCAACCACAACCUUACCAAAUGAAUUAUAAUACCAGGCAAUUUAGAAUGCCAUCAAAUUAUAGAAUGAAUAACAGAUAUUCUUUACCAAAUAAUUAUAAUAAUGGAUAUAUGCAAAUGAGUUAUCCACCUCAACACCAUCAAUCAUUACCAAUUAAUCAAUACUACCCACCACCUCAACAAUAUCAACAACAAUUCCAACAAUAUCCUUAUCCAAAUCCUUAUUACCAACAAAAUCAACAAUACCAACCACCGGUCGUUGUUCCACCUCCAAUUUCACCAAAACAAGAUCCUAUCAAUGCAUUAACUCAACAAUUGGAUUAUUAUUUCUCCUUAGAGAAUUUAAUCAAAGAUAUUUACUUAAGAAAGAAUUUCGAUAAUGAAGGUUGGAUUAAUUUAUCAACCAUAUUAAAUUUCAAAAGAGUUCAAAUCAUCAUAAAUAAUAUUAAAUCAUUAAAUUUGAAUAAAGAUUUAGAUACUUUGAUCAUUAAUUCCUUAAAUGGUUGUUCAAAUAUCGAAAUCGAGAAUAACGAUAAUGAAUUAAAUACUAUCAAAUUGAGAGUUAAGGAGAAUUAUAAACAAUGGAUCUUAGAAAACUAG